AUGGCCGAUCAAACGAAAAUUCACGAUGAUAUAAAGCUGUAUACAACAUCAGAUAAGUUCUACUUAGAACCAACAAUAAAUCCAACAGAGAUUUUAGUUAUUGAUAGAGUCUCAGGUGAAGCUUACGUAAGAGAAAUAAAUACAGUGAAAAUACCCAUCCCAGCAAAUGCUUAUAAACCAGUGUGUGGAUUUUUGGGCACAAUCAAAUUGAUUUCUGGAUUAUAUUUAGUUGUUGCUAAAUAUAGGACAUUGGUGGGGCAAAUAAAUGGACAUGAUAUAUAUGAAAUGGCUGGAUCAGAUAUCAUACCUUAUGCUAGAUCAACUACACAUCUUACUAGUAAACAGAUAGAUGAUAACAACACAUAUGAACGCCUGCUACGUGCAGCCCUCGAAGCCCUGGAAUAUAUUUCUCAUACAGCUAUGACCUCACUCACACAAUGCAAAGAUUACAUUCUGUUUCACCAGAUUUUCACAAGAUGUCACUUCAAAGUCGUGCAGACCCUCGCUUUGUUUGGAAUGGACACCUUUUGA